AUGGUGUUGGUAGUGGCGGUGGUUGUGGUGGUGAUGUUGGCUGUGGUGGUUGAGGUGAGAAGUAGAUCUUUUGAAAUGAGACAGUGGUUUAUUGCUAUUGUAGGUUGUGGCGGUGGCUACAAUCAUAUGGUGUUGGUAGUGGCGGUGGUUGUGGUGGUGAUGUUAGCUGUAGUGGUUGAGGUGGGAAUGGCUCUACAGAUCUGGUGGAGGUGUUUAUGUGGUGGCGCUGUAGAUCUGGUGGAGAUCUCUCUCACCUCUCUCAUCACUAACCGAUCUACAGAUCUGUGGAGGUGUGUGGUGUUGGUCUGUAGCGGCGACGGUGGCGCUGUGUGGUGUUGUGGAUCUGUUGGCCAUCUGUGGAGGAAUGUGGUGUUGAUAUGUGGCGACGACGGUGGUGGCGAUGAUUUGGGGGUAGUUGUGGUGGUCGUAGACCGUGACUCUCUUCUUGGAUCUCAUAGAAGCAAUGCAACAGACAGAGAUGCUCUACUGUCAUUCAAAUCUUAUGUAACAGAUGAUCCUACUGGUGUUCUAAACACUUGGAACCUAUGUGAUUGGGAAGGAGUUUUCUGCAAUGCCCACAAAACACGGGUCACUGGACUUGCACUCGGGAAUUUUAGUCUCACGGGAACAAUCAUUCCAAACAUUGGCAAUCUGUCUUUCCUCCAUGUUCUGGACCUCGAGAACAACUUUUUCCAUGGCCAUAUUCCAAAAAAUAUGCUUGAAGGUACAAUCCCAUCAAAACUGGGUAACCUGACAAAGCUUGAAUACCUGACCUUUGCAAAGAACAAUCAGACAGGCUAUAUUCCUCUUUCAUUUGCUAAUCUUCCUCUUUCAUUUGCUAAUCUUUCUUCUCUGAACAACCUUACUUUAAUGUACAACAAGUUUGAAGGUCCAAUUCCAAGUGAACUGGGAAAUUUGAAUCUCCUCCUGCAGAUAAACAUAGGGAUAAACAAAUUUUCAGGUCAGAUUCCAAGUUCUAUUUUCAAUCUUUCAUCUCUGGUUAGAUUGGGAGUGGUAUCAAAUCGUUUCCAUGGUCAUUUGCCUACUGAUUUGUUUACUACAUUGCCAAAUUUGAUGGAAUUAUACGUGGGAGAUAAUCUUUAUCAAGGAGAAAUCCCUACAUCGCUCUCAAAUGCUUCCAAACUUGAAAUAGUAGAUUUCUCAGGUAUUUUCGCUGCCAAGCAAUCGAUUUUUUGUCAUACUCCUUCAUCAAUAGGCAACCUGUCAAGCCAACUCUCCGUGUUGUACUUGGCAGAUAAUCAAUUUGAAGGGAACAUACCAGAAACUAUAGGGAAUUUAGCCAGCUUAAAGUACUUGUCACUUGAAGCUAAUUUAUUCACUGGACACAUUCCAUUAUCAAUUGGAAACCUUCAAAAUCUGCAAGUCUUGUGCUUCCCAUCGAGCCUUUCAAAUUGUCGUAAUCUCCAACUCUUGGAUCUGUCUCUGAAUGGUCUCAAUGGUUUCAUCCCCAAGGACAUCUUUACCCUUCAGAGUCUAGGAAAUUCACUAAAUCUUUCAUGGAAUUCUCUAACAGGGAGUUUAUCUUCUGAGAUUGGCAACUUGAAGAUGGUUCAACGUUUGGAUUUCUCCAAAAACAGACUUUCAGGACCAAUACCUUCCAGCUUAGGGGAAUGGGUCGAAUUUAUUGAUCUUUCAUUGAACAAUCUAACUGGUUCAAUGCGCUUGCUGGGUACCCUUCGAUACCUCAAAUUCUUGAAUCUUUCAAACAAUAUGCUUCAAGGAGAAGUUCCCAAAGAAGGUAUAUUCCUCAAUGCUUCGGGAGUUUUCCUGUCUGGAAAUUCAGACCUCUGCGGUGGCAUCCCCACAUUAGCACUCCCAAAAUGUUCUGCCAAAUCAAAGCAAUCUAGUAAAUCAAGACAAAUGCUAAUUGCAGGACUGAUUGCAGGAUCAACAAUCAUAUGCAUCUUCCUUUUGCUACUUUUUUACAGGAUCUCUUUUAUGAAGUCAAAAAAGAUACAAGGUUCUUCAAACACGCAUGCUAUCUCUUUCGAAGGCCCCAACAGAUUAUAUUCCUACUAUGACCUGAAAUAUGCAAUGAAUAAUUUCAGUAGUGAAAACUUGAUCGGAAGUGGGAGUUUUGGCAAUGUGUACAAAGGCGUUUUUCGCGAUGGAACACUUGCUGCAAUAAAAGCCUUUAACAUGGACCAAAAUAGAGCAUCCAAAAGUUUUCUAGCCGAGUGUAAAGCCUUCAGAAACAUACGGCAUAGGAAUCCAGUUAAGAUCCUGAGUGCUUCUUCAAGCCCCACAUUUAAGGCUUUGGUUCUUCAGCUCAUGCCAAAUGGAAGCUUAGAGAAGUGGCUUCACAGUAAGAGUGAUGAUCAAAGGCAGAGUCUUACUUUGAAUCAGAGAUUAGAGAUAGCCAAAGACAUUGCUUCUGCAAUGGAAUAUCUACAUCAUGACUGUGAAAUUCCCCUGGUACACUGUGAUCUCAAGCCAAGUAAUGUCCUUCUUGACGAAGAAAUGACUGCUCAUGUAGGAGACUUUGGACUAGCCCGUAUUCUACAAACGACCGAAUCUCUUGAUCCAGAGAGUAGUACCAUUGGGUUGAAGGGAUCUGUGGGCUACAUAGCACCAGGGAAGAUUGAAUAG